AUGUUUCCUAGUAAAGAAACCGUUAGUUGUUUUUACUGCGAAUGGACUGGUCGAAGAGAUAAGCUGGCUUCUCAUUCCAAUGCACAUCAUCCUGGUUCAAAAGUUCAAGUAGGAAUUGCUCCAAAUGCUCUAUCUACUUUCUGGAGGCAAAAGUCAGUACCACUUGCUACAGAUCAGAUCGAGAAGCGAACGAACCUCAACAACGCAAACGAGGAUUCACCUACUUUCGAUCAAACACAGGCGACAGCAACUUCUUCACUCACCUCACCUGUAACAACAACUUCUUCAUUUACUUCACCUGUAACAACUAUUUCUUCAUUUGCUUCACCUGUGACAACACCCAACGCACCUUCCCCCUUUUCACCGUCGAACGAGCACCAAUUUCAACAACAGCUCUUUUAUAUGAGCGAACAACUUUCGAACUUGAGCACUAAGUUUGACAGUUUACUUGGCACAAAAAGUUCGAUUUCAACUACUAAAGAAGCUAACGAAGGAGAAGAGUUCGACGUGAUGUUCAAUGAAAUCAAAAGUUCAGACGAUCUGUACAAAAUGAAAAAUUUUGAAAUCAACUCGCAGAUAGAACUUAUGACCUGUUUAUCUUGUUCGAAACACAAAACGCAUGCACCAAAGCAACUUCAGUCAACAAUAAAAUCUUCGUUCGGUGUAUUCAAAUUUAUUGAGCAAGAUGCAGGGUACAACCAAACUCAAAAAUUUCGUGACUUGAAGAAAAGUAUAAGAUUUCAUCUCUCGAAUAACUUGCAUAUCUGGUGUGCGAGAGAAGAGCAGAAGGAAAAAGAGGAGGCCGAUGAUCUUAUGAGAAAGAAUGAGAAAGCUGGAUACAACAUCGGAAGAAUCGCAUUAUUCUGCAUUCGUACUGGAUUAGGUGGUUUGAAGUUUGUCGAAACUAUUAACUUAAUUGAUUUAUGUGGCGGUACUAUUGGGAAUUGCAGACAUAGUCGAUAUAUCUAUGAUAGAGUACGAAGUGUUAUGGCAGAGGAAAUGAAACUAAAGAUCACAGAAUACUUGGUUCGUGUGGAUCCAAUUCUUCAACAUUCUGUUCCAUUCGGUGUUACUUUCGACAAAGUAACCCUUUUGAAACGAUCUAUUCAGACAACGCUACUUAUCACAUUCGUUGGUGGUGUCUUAACGCCAAUAUAUUUACAAUCACCACUUUGCAAAACAGAACUAAGUGGUAAAGAACUAGCCGAUAAUUGUAUUUAUGCGAUGAACUCCUUUGGUUUAACUAAAAAGAUAUUGCAACAGCAGCUCUCUGGUUGUGCUGUUGAUGGCGCAUACAUACACCUUAACAUUGACAAACAUUUAUCAUCUGCCCUCGAAAUGAAUUCGGAGUGGUUGACUGUAUCAUGGGACUGCGCACACUUGUUGGAGCUUGCUAUUAAUGAUGUCAAACGCCAACGGAAGUUUGUUUGGAUAAAAAACUUCAUCAAGCUGUGUGCAGCAUUGAUGAGAAAAUAUUCAUAUGGUAAGCAGUAUGAAAUACUGCUCGAAACUGCGCAAUAUCUUGGCGAAGAUAUAUUAGCUCCAAAACAAUUCCACGCGACACGUUUCGUUAGUUCCGAAAGACGGGUAUAUGAAACAGUCUUGCGAGACUGGAGAUCUCUGCAUGAAGUGCAGGAAAAAGAAGAUCAGCUGAAUGCCUUAUCGCAUGGUGAUGUUAGCACAAGAACCAGACGUGCGCAUACUGUUUCACAUCAAGGAGUGGGUGAUGAAACUACUUUUAAAGUGAGUUUCAAAGCAAAGAUUUUAAUUCAAUACUUAUGA